CAAUUUCGCGAACAGAACGCGAACAAGUUCAAGGAAUGUUUACCGGAAAGAUCACUUAAAAGUACAAUACUUUAUUAUUACCACCUAAGUCUUAAACCAAGGCUGUGUUUGCUGGCAAGCUGGGUUUCUCGUGUUUUUAUGACACGGGUCAAAAAUUUGACUUUCAAAUGAAGCGCUCCAAUGCCUACUUGAUAUGCAGGUGAGGGUCGUUUAUAAAUCUGUCGGUGUAAAUGCUCGAUGAUGUAUUGACAAUGCGUUUUGUGAAAGCACGCGAACGAGUUGUCUUCAAUGGGGCUCACUGCUACUAGAUGCUCCUCUUUAAAUGCUUUUCAAUGGAGUUUCAUUCUGGUAAUCUUAUGGCGUCCUCAAAUCGCCGAUACCAAAAUUAUCAAUUCAACCGAGGGAUCGACUAACUUCUGCAACUUUCCCGAAUAUCUUCGGUGUGUCGGCGACUCGAUUACUGUUUGUAAAUGGAGUUCGGGAGAACGGUUCCCGUUACGGCCAUGGGAAGAGCGAGAUCCUUCGAAUGUGCUUGCAUUUCUAGGACGUUCACAGUUUGAAUGGACAGUGGAAAAGUCCAGUAUUAUUAUAGACCAGUUUGGUUUUAAUUCAGAGUCGGACACUGUUGUCAAACUAUCUCAGAGGACACUUCGAUGUCUCAAUGAAACUAAGAACAAAAAUAAUCAAUUUAUAAUUUCUAUUGAAGAAACAUAUCCAGGACAGAGUUUACUUUAUUCGUGUAUCCAAUGUGUUCAACGAGGAGAGAACGUUGUAUCCUAUGGAUUAGGCAAUGGGACGAAAAAUUUCGGGGAUGAUUUGUGCUCCCAAAAUUAUUUGACAAUGACGCUAUUGAUUUCUGAUCGUUUCAAUGCACUAGCUGACUGUCCGUCCGAAUUACAAGGAGCAUUUGAUGUAACUCGUGUGUAUGACGGUUCCAGAGACUGCAAGUACAAUGGUGCUUACGGGUUGCUAGAAUCUAAUUGUCUUAGCCAAGAAGGUAUUUAUAUUGACCUGCAAGGGGACAACAACUGUACGAACUCGCCGUUGCCUUUUCAGCACCCAUACGAACUUCAUCUACGAUGCUUGAGCAAGCCUUGGGAAGAUAACAACUUCAAAUAUAUCAUCGCGGCUCAAAGGCCUCGUUGGCGAUUCGAGUUCAGAGGUACAGGGAUUAAGUGCUUAAAAUAUACUAAAAUCAAAGCCGGCGAAUUUAAGCUCGAUUUAUUUAAUGACCUCACAUGCGAGAUGUCGCGAAAUGACAAGCAUCGCGAACCGUAUACUUUGCACCUCAAGAGCAAAACCACAGCUGCCCCGCCUCGAGUAAGCCCUGGGGGUAAGUGUACAUUUCCGAGACAACUCCGCGGCAGAUGGAUAGAGGAAUCAAAUCAGAAUGGGAUUAACACGAUAGAUGUGCAGGCUACAAGCAUCUCAAUCCCGCCGUACGGAUUAUUCGAAUGCAAAGAGAGGUUCGGUGAUUCGUCCCUGCCUCAAGAAUGUGGUCAUAUUGGUCUGGAGGAUCGUUGGCCUGGUUCAGGUCGGGUCAGAUUCUAUUUCGAUGAUUACAUGGUUGUCAGCCGAUUUGAUAAUGGCUGUCGGGACAGGAUCUCGCGGCUGGGUUUUACUAAUACUGUCAAUGAUAGGGUUUUAGUUUAUCGUUUGUCUCAGAGCGAACCAAUGGUGAGAAACGGAAGGACGUAUAAUGAGUAUUACCAAAUGGAGGUACUAAAACGUUUUUGUUCUCAAUUCUACAUCUAUUUACAAGACGAUUACCCUAAGUGGGGGCGAAAUAUUGAGAAAAUUAUUAUUAAACCGCAGCUUCCCUCUCUUCCGAUAAAAGACUGUGAUAUUCUCAAUAGCGGAAACCAUCUUACGUGGAGAACCGCUGAUACAAGUAGUUGCCGUUCGUGGAUUCAGGCUGGGUGUGGUCUUGAUAAAACGCAAACGCUGUUUAAAGUUCAAUAUGCAGAUAUUUGUGGUAAGAAAGAUGUUGAAUACAGAUGUCUCGGAAAGGCUUACAAAUUUGGUCAUUUUGUCUUGCUCCGUAACAGCGUGACACUCCGAGUGAACUGUGCUUGGCAUGACAAAGAAACUAACGCGAUACUGUUAUUAGAUUCUCCCCAGUGUUCUGACGUCGACUGGGGGAGACGACGCGGACAAAAAGAAAGGUAUUCUGAGAGGUUUACCUUGAAAUAUUAUGAGAAAUGCCCCCUAGUAUCGAAACAUCCAAAGGUUGUUACGGGAUCUCAAAACAGACGCUCUGCCGAAGAUACCUUACACGUUCCCGUGGUGUUAAUUAUAGCCAUAUUACUUCUCGGUGUGGAAUUAGUCUCCUUUUGACCUCGUGGGUAGGGCUUACGCCCAGUGUGGUUGCAGUUACAGAGAUUAAAACUUUAGAUUUCACGAAAUAUUUCUACACAAAGAAAGUGCGCGUGAUGUGAGCUAGAGACUAUCGGAAAAGAUGGACAUGUCGCGCGCACAGUCGUGCAAGUAGUACCAGCUCGCCGGCGGUCGUUUGCGAUCUUAUGGAAACAAAUCAACGUGCGAUCGAAAAUGUCAAAUUAUCUUCCGAGAUGCAUGUUGUUUGCAAAGAAAGCUAGACAUCAGACAUUUGAGUAUCGCUGGAUAUUUUGUCAGGGGCGUAGCCAGGGGGGCCCAGGGGGCCCGGGCCCCCCCUUCUAGCAGCCAAAAAUACAGUAAAUGUAUGAGACAUCAUCUAAAAUACAGGAAAAAAAUGCCUUGAAAUGGCCUUUUGGGUCCCCUCCUAUUAAAAAUCCUGGCUACGCCGCUGUUUGUUGAAUUAGAACUCAAUUGUUUCUAGUUGUUAGAUAUACCUAAUGGUAGUUUGACGACUAAUUGA